AUGUUGGAAAGUAUUGAGAACCUGUUUAUAUUAGCUUUUUGCACCAUGUUUAGGGUGUUCCAAUAUUGUUGUUACAUUGGUAUUGUGAUACUUCUGAUUCCCUUUGUUGGGUUUUAUUCAUUUGAUCUAUUCUUAUACAUUUAUAGACUACUGCAAUAUUUCAUUGAAUGUCUCAUUUACAAAAGGAAUCAAAAUAAGAGAUUGGGGAAAGAGGAGACACCUAUGCCGUUAGAGAAAACGUCCAGUGAAAAUCCACAUCCAUUUAGAGAACUUUUGAUUAAGAAAUCUGAAACAAAUCAACAGCAACAACAGCGAAGUUCUUCGAAUCAAGAUAAAAAUAGUUCCAAAGAUGGCGUUGGUAAUAGUUUGCAUUUCAAUAGUGUCAUGCUCUCCAAGCUGCGUGCUAAUCUAACCAGGUUUAUUUCAGAACGAUUGGUUGAUUUGGGCCUUGAUAGUUCGAUAGACCACUAUGGGAUUGAGAAGCACAGUAAAAGAGAAGAGAUACGAGAGGUUUCUACGGGCAGACUCGUGGAACCAUACGAAAUGAAAUCUGUCUCAGCAGGUUAA